AUGAAGAUUGACAAGAUCCAGCAAAAUUCCUUGGAUAAUAUCCCUGUCAUUCUGGAUUUCCUGCAAGCACGUUUGGACAAGAAUCUUAAACCCUGCACUCUUAAGUCACCUUUAACGUACUUAGAGAGAAAAUUCAAUAACCUCGAUGUGAGGAGCUGUGUGCUGGCUUACCUAAAGAUCUGGGAGAAAAUUAGGAAAUCAGACCAUCUCUUUCUUCAAUCUCAAGAACCCAAUAAAGGUCUUCCAACUUGCCUAGUGUGUGUAUGUCUUGGUACAUCUGUUUAUUGUGAUGAUGUGGAUCUGACAACUCUCCCUUCAUUACCAAAGGAGACUACCUACUUGUAUGCCCGAUUUAACAAGAUUAGUGAUAUUCAAUCCAAAAACUUUGCAGGACUUGACAAACUGAAGUAUGUGGAUCUCUCAAGUAAUUUUCUCUCCGAGAUUGAUGAUGAUGCUUUUCACCUGCUGCCGUCCCUCCAGGAACUCAUUCUAUCUGAAAACCAACUGAGGCGUUUGCCUGAGUUGCCCUCUAGUCUUGUUAGACUGAAUGUCCAAUACAAUCAGCUUCAAAGUUCUGGAAUUCGGACCGAGUCUUUUAAGGACCUUACACGUCUGCAGUUUCUAUACCUUUCAAACAACAAAUUGGAUUUUGUACCUGUACCUCUUCCUGAGAGUCUUCUUUCAAUUCAUCUUCAGAAUAACAACAUCCAGACAAUGUAUAAAGAUACGUUCUGCGAUAGCCGGGACCCCACUUUCAUCAGGAGUGCUUUGGAAGAUAUCCGACUGGAUGCUAACCCAAUAAACCUUAGCAAAUUUGCAAAUGAUUAUUUCUGUCUACCUAGGCUUCCUACUGGGCAAUACUACUGA